AUGCACGCGCGGGGCGUCGUCGCACAAACUCCUGGUCCCGAGGGUCUUGCGGAUGAGGUGUGGGUACUUCAAGCUCGGGCUGCCGUCCGAACGCUUGACCCCGCCAUCGGAUACACACGACAAACGGAGCGGGUCCGGGUACAUCUGCGCAAGAAGAUCGAGAGGGAAUUAGCACACCUCACUGGCGACCCGACGACCGAGAUGCGGUGGACUUUGGAGCGGCUCGCGAAGCACUGCACCCUCGUCGAGCACCGGCUGCGCAUCGUCGGCCGGCUGCACGGUACCAAGUUCGGCAACCCGAGCGACAAUGCGGCGAGCUUGGACGAGCUCGUCGGCCUCCACCGGCCGUGGGACCGCGGCGACCUGCGCUUCGAGCGCGUGAGUGUCGAGGAGGCGGAGGCCGCGAGGGCGAACUGCGAACUUGCGGCGCCAACGCCGUUUGUUGUGGCGCGGGGAUCGCGGUCGGACGAGGGAGAGCGGCGGGACCCAGGUGUACGGUCGUCGAGUUGGGGAUGUGGCAGUGGUGGACGUCUUGCAUGGUGA